ACGACGAGUAUCUGGCAACGCUAUGGUGUGAAAAAUUGCAAUUUUUUUCAUUUCACACACACAGACGCGACACGCACGCCAGCAGCGCAACGAAGGACCAAAAAAAGGCCGCAGAAAAACGCCCAACUAAGCCGAGGGUUACGGUAAAGGAUAUCUAAAGGAUACACCCGUAUCAGGACCGCCAAAAAGAGGCAGCACAGCGACGACAUUCCAGCGGAGCAGCAAGAAGCAGCAGCAGAGGAGAAGAAGCAGAGGCGGGGGCAAGAAGAAGAAGAGGAAGAAGCCGAUUCCAUCGACUCGACGUUUAUCAAUUAUGAAUUUCCUGGGUUUCGGCCAGUCAGCGGACAUUGAGAUAGUCUUCGAUGGAGCGGAGCACAAGACGGCGGAAGUUAAAGGGGAGGACGGCAAGGUGGAGAAGAUGCUGCUCUUCUACGACGGGGAGACUGUAUCCGGCAAGGUGAACGUGACACUCAAGAAGCCCGGCAGCAAGCUGGAGCACCAGGGCAUCAAGAUCGAGUUCAUAGGACAAAUCGAGCUGUUCUACGACCGGGGAAACCACCAUGAAUUCAAGUGUCUAGCGAAGGCGCUGGCCCGUCCGGGCGAUCUCAUCCAGAACAACAGCUACCCGUUCGACUUCCCCAACGUGGAGAAGCAGUUCGAGGUGUACGCCGGGUCGAACGUGCGUCUGCGGUACUUCCUGCGCGCCACCAUUGUCCGUAGGAUCAGCGACAUCACUAAAGAGGUGGAUAUCGCCGUGCACACACUGUGCAGCUACCCGGAGAUGAACAACCCCAUCAAGAUGGAGGUAGGCAUCGAGGACUGCCUGCACAUCGAGUUCGAGUACAACAAAAGCAAGUACCACCUGCGGGACACGAUCAUCGGUAAGAUUUACUUCCUGCUGGUGCGCAUCAAGAUCAAGCAUAUGGAAAUCGCGAUUAUAAAGCGAGAGAGCACGGGCACGGGUCCAACGAUGUUCAACGAGAACGAGACGAUCGCCAAGUAUGAGAUCAUGGAUGGGGCGCCCGUCAAAGGCGAAAGCAUACCCAUCCGGGUCUUCCUCGCCGGCUACAAUCUCACGCCCACUAUGCGGGACAUAAACAAGAAGUUCUCGGUCAAGUAUUUCCUUAACCUGGUGCUAAUGGAUACCGAGGACCGACGCUACUUCAAGCAGCAGGAGAUUACGCUGUGGCGCAAAGCGGACAUUCCCCGCUACCACGGAGCCCAACAGCAGCAACAUCAGCAUCAGCAGCACCAGCACGUCCCGCUGCACGCUCCUCCACACCUGGUCAGCGGCCCGGCGGCGCCCACAGUGGCCCACUCGCUGAUCAGCUCCAGCACGGACAGCGGCGAGGCCGGUGGAGCUCCUUCGGCAGCGCCGGGUACUGCGGGAUCCGAAUCCAAGAUGGGGCUGUUCACCAGAGAGAGCCCCAACCAGGAGUUUAGCCAGCAACAGAUGGACUCGCCGCCGCUGACGCCCACGCCGGCGACGGCUCCCGCUUCAGUUCCAGUCCCCACACCGGCGACAUCGGCUCUAGAACCGGCUCCCGAAAGGGGCAUGGGCGAUGGAGCCGCAGCGGCCACCACAAGUGCCUCGCCCGUUGCCAUGCUCUCCAGUUCGCCGCCGCCAUUGCUGCCAGCAUCGCCGCUCUCCCGUUCUGAUGGCGAUUCCUCGGAGCAGGUGCAGCCAGAGGAUGAUCAGGCCGAAGAUGAGGUAACGGCAGCUGUGAAAAAGGCCAGCGUCACACCGUUGGCCGCCGAUUGAGUGGAAAUCUGGAAAGGAUCUCCAUCACCACAGGGGGAUUAGCAUUAGCUGCUGCUUAGGCAACAGCAAGAGCAACAACAGCAGGCGGAACUAUUACGCAUAUAAUCGUAUACAGCAGCAGGAGGGCAGAGAAGCAGCAGCAGCAGCAGCAACAAAUAUGCAUAUAUCUAUUUUUUUAAAGUUAAUUUAAAAUUGUUACAAAAUGUUUUAUUGAGGUUAUGCGCAUCAUUUACCAAAAGCAAGCAAAACGCAAAUGAUAGUAUCGAAAAACAAAACGAAACCUAGGACAAAUGAGACAGGAGGUGACCUCUUAGCUAUAACCAAUCUCUAGGCGUUUCCAAUAGUAUUGUUGCUAAAGAAAACAAGGAGAUGGCGAAGACCCCGAAUCACAAUCCAAAUCCUAAUCUCUACCCCCUCCCCCUACCCAAAAAACAAAAAAUAGUUAAACCCCCUAGUAUUCAGAAGACCAUUCCCUAUCCUCGGGGCGUUUGGAAAAUAUGAUUUUUCAAUUUGAAAAAUAUUGAAAUUGCUUUCUAAAAGUGAGAAUCCCUGAAAUUGAAAUCAAAGUGUGCAUUAAACUAAACAAACUCCAAUACAGAUAAAAACAAGACAAAACACCCAUUAAAUAAUAAAGUUUUAGUCUAUAGCGUACUAACGAAUCGAUGCUGGGACAGUUCUGAUUAUGGCCGGACUCCGGACAAUCGGAAGUGGAGACGAAGAAACAUGUUACAUGCCUUGCAUAUGUACAUAUACAUAAAAUACACGAAAUAUUGAAAUAUAUAUACACUUAGAAACGCAAUUAAACGAAUAAAAGCGACGUGAACGCCAAACACGAAACAAACAGAGAGA